UCUGUAAAGCGGCCUCAUCAACAAACUGAGUUGGCAGGUAGCAACCGGGGAUCUUUCAACAGAUGUUUUACUGACACCUGCAUAAAGACUCUAUGCAUUUUAUUACAUUAGGCUAUAGCUGAAGUGUGUAGUGAAAAUGAGUUCAGCAACAACACCACCAGAUUCGGACCCGAGCCGGCGGCGACAGGUUCACAAUAUGCUGAAGAUGUACUACGGCCUGAAUGAGGAAGGAAAAUGUACAGAACAAGCCGAAUCUCUGGAUCCGUGCGAUAUAAACGGCCCACAUUUCGACCCGGAGAUUUAUUUAAAUAAGUUGAGGCAGGAAUGUUCUCUGGGAGAGCUGAUGGACCAUGAGAGCUGCAUGGUGAAACAGAUCAGAUCUCUAGACAGCGACAUGCAGACCUUAGUUUAUGAAAACUACAAUAAGUUCAUCUCGGCCACAGACACGAUCAGGAAAAUGAAGAAUGACUUCAAGAAGAUGGAGGAUGAGAUGGACUGCUUGUCUGCCAACAUGACCGCUAUCACAGAGUUUAGUGCCCGCAUCAGUGGGACGCUGCAGGACCAGCAUACCCAGAUCACCAAACUGUCAGGUGUUCACACUCUUCUCCGUAAACUGCAGUUUUUGUUUGAGCUGCCAGCAAGACUGAAUAAGUGUUUGGAGCUGCAGGCCUAUGCCCAGGCCGUAAAUGCCCACCGGAAGGCGCGCUGUGUGCUGCAGCAGUACAGUCACAUGCCCUCUUUCAGAGGUAUCCAGGAUGACUGCCAUGUCAUUAUGGAGCAGCUCGCUCAGCAACUGAGGCAGAAGUUCAGGGAUGGUGGUUCAAGCGCUAAGGAUCUCUCUGAAUGUGUUGAGCUGCUUUUGCAGCUGGACGAGCCCGCAGAGGAGCUUUGUGACAAAUUCCUAAGCCACGCCCAAUCCAGGUUAGAGGCGGAUCUACAGGGGUUGGAGGCGGAGCUAAAAGACUCACCAGUUGCUGAUACCGGUGCAGCUUCUACACACAAACCAAGUCCUGGACCAAAUCUUGUCUCUCCUUCUAAGUCAUCUACAUCCAAUCCCUUCCUCUCCCCUACUGCCGGAACAGACAUUCUGGAGUUCAUUGAUCGAGGAUGCAAUGAGUUUGUUAGUAGCCUCUGUUUGGUCAUUGCCUCCUAUCAAGAAUUAUUCAUUAACCGUCCACAGGAUGGCGAGUUAGCUUCGAAGAACAUUCCUGAGAUGGCUAAUGGCAAGCUACAUGUAUUCGUGGACACCCUGGCUGCUAGAUACUUCUCUUUGGUGGAGCGGAGGAUACAGGAGGAGAAGGGGGUGGGGGAUAACUCCUUAUUAGUGAGAGCCCUGGAUCGCUUCCAUCGCAGACUACAAGCCAUAACGAAACUACUUCCAGGUUCAGCAGUGCCCAGCCAAGGAACUGAGAUAGUAGUACGGGCAGCAAGGGAGAGAAUCAAACAGUACCUGUUGGCCUUACAAACUUUCUACCAUGAUAGCCUUACUGAUGUAAGACAGGCUCUGGCUGCCCCACGCUUAACAGUGGGCGGGGCUAGUACAUCAGGAGGUGGAGCUCUUGCUGCAAGUAAAGAUGCCCAGCCGAAUCUGUCAGAGCUGCUGACUUCCUUGUCGAACUUUAUUCUCAAUCAGUUAAAAUCUGUGUUAGCGUCAGUGCAUCUCUUCACAGCCAAGGACAUCACUUUCUCAAACAAGCCUUAUUUCAGGGGUGAGUUUUGCAGUCAGGGUGUGCGUGAGGGACUGGUGGUGAGCUUCAUUAAGUUCAUCUGCCAGUCAUCUCGGCAGUAUUGUGAAAGUGCAGGUGACCGAGGCGGAUCCACCCCUCCUGCUCUCCUCCUGUUACUCUCUCGUCUGUGCCUGGACUAUGAGACCUCCACCAUCUCUUACAUCCUCACACUUACAGACGAACAGUUUCUUGUACAGCAUCACACUCCAGUUACUCCAGUCACAGCGCUAUGCGCGGAGGCCAGAGAGGCUGCACAAAAAUUAUUGAAUCACUAUGUAAAGGUUCAAGGACUGAUCAUCUCUCAGAUGCUGAGGAAGAGCGUGGAAACGAGAGAUUGGGUGAACACCAUUGAACCUCGAAACGUCCGAGCGGUAAUGAAGAGAGUGGUGGAAGAUACCACCUCUAUUGAUGUACAGGUGGGAUUGCUAUAUGAGGAGGGGGUAAGAAAAGCCCACAGCAGUGACUCCAGCAAACGUACUUUUUCUGUUUACAGCAGCUCAAGACAGCAGAUUCGAUACGCACCAAGCUACACUCCCAGUGCUCCAAUGGACACAAACUUGCUCAGUAACAUUCACAAACUGUUUUCUGAGCGGAUUGACAUCUUUAGCCCAGUGGAGUUCAACAAGGUCUCUGUGCUAACUGGCAUCAUUAAAAUAAGUCUGAAAACAUUCCUUGAAUGUGUCCGUCUCCGUACGUUUGGCCGUUACGGACUGCAGCAGAUUCAGGUGGAUUGCCAUUACCUGCAGAUGUACCUGUGGCGGUUUGUGUCCGACGAGAACUUAGUUCACUUCCUGUUGGAUGAGAUUGUGGGUAGCGCAGCCCACCGUUGCCUGGACCCGUCCCCAAUGGAGCAGAGUGUUAUUGAGGUCAUCUGUGAGAGGGGGUAGAUAAAAAAGAUCUUCAGGAACAGUUUAUCAGUUAGACGGCCCAAAUUCAAGUCAUUUGGUGAAUUUUCAUGCAAUGGGUAGGGUUAAAAAUUCAGAAGUUGUGCUUGGGUGUUAAGAGCUAAAAUAUGGCGGUCUCUAGUCAGGGUCACAAAAUGAAUACAACAUAGCAUUACAAGUAAAUUAUAACCCAUUUAUUUAAUAAGUUACAUCACUAUCAAUCAUAAUGCAUUUAAAGGUAAGAUGAUAUGUACUUUAAACGGUAAUAAAUCAGUAAGUUUAGAAUCUUUCUGUCAUGGUUGAUUCAUGAAAUGUGUGUAUUCAUUCACUGGAUGGAAUGUUAUAUAUUUAAUAAACAUAAAUAUGCAAAAA